GUCCAGAAUAUGCUGGACGCGGCGCAAUUAGAGGUUGGUCGUCGCUACGCCGCCGCCCCUGAUUUGUGCGAGAUGCUCCAGUCUCAAGUGAUGGAGGGCCUCGAGCAAUGUAACCUGCAGGAAGUAGACCCUAUGCAGGUACUACAUGACCAGAUGCGUAUUGAGUGGCGGAUUCUAGACGCUUACAAUAAGCAUCGUCUCGGCAAGGCUACCCAUCGGUAUUACAAUGGCUUUUCAGAGCCAGAGGGUGGUGACAACUACAAGAAGGAGGAUAAUAUUCCUGAGGAGCCGCAGUGGUUUCCUCUUCGGUGCGAGGUCCAAAAGUACGGCUUCCGUGUUGUGGCGCCUCCUAUCUACCAAGUCUCUAGUACUGAUAAAGAAUUAUCAGCACGCCCAGAGAGCACGGUGAAUAGGUUCACAAAGACAAAAGCACUUCCUGGAAAUGCUGCUAAUUCCGGGAAUGAUACAUCCUCUCCCAAGAAGAAGAAGACCGGCCGUGCGGCAGCGAACUACGACAAGCUGGCAGACGCUCCUUCCGCCCAUCUAGACUUCCCGGAUGGUAACAUCACCCUUGCGGAGAUGACUGCUUUCUUGCCGCAAUCCAUCAAAUCCUGGGAUGUCAUCGAUCGCGCGCUUUUCAACGGUGCAUUCUCUGCCACCCUCGCAGGAAUGAUCAACCACUUCCGCAACAUGCCCGCCGGGAAUAUAGAAAACAACAGCGUCUACCGGAUGAUGAAAGCACCGAUGGAUAAGCGGGCACUCACAGAUCCGGUGUACGAAGGUUGGUCUGUAUCUGUCCACCAGAAGAUCCAGAAGCCCAUCGGCUUUAACCCAGCAAGCGUUAGUGUUGCUGGUUUCCGCACACCGUCCAACAACUAUAAGCGCGAUGCUACUAAUAUUUCUCAGGAAUCAGCACAGAACAUCUUGUUUCGGGACCUUAUGAAGGGUGUGAAGGUCAUGCCUUCCGGUUACGACGCCUUGGAUUUGACGCGCUGUGUCCAGUACUGCGUUGAUCACCCUGAAGAGGACUGGCUUUAUCCUCAAGAUUUUGUAGAUCUUGUCUCCCAGCUUCCGCAGGAUGCUCACCUCUCUAGAUAUCCUCGUGGUCCCGCGCCUGUCCAACUCGACCACCAAGAUGCGAGCAUUGUUGGACGCUACACCUCUACGAAGAAGUUAAACGGCGCGAUGUACGCUGCUAGUCGUCAGCGCGAUAGUAAUGGCCGUCUUUUGAAGAAGCAGAAGGCUGAUUCAGACGAAGAGGAG